CACUAAUGUGCUCUGUACCAUGGACAAAGUGCUUCACUUCAGAGCACGGUUUGAUAAACAGCACGUGGCCAGGUCGCAUCGGCUGAAAGGAAAAUGGAGUUCGGAGCUGACAAGUGGAGUGAUGCCUUUUGAGAGAGGGGGCGAAUUCUCCAUGAAAAUUAUCACCAGGCAGUCUAGAUUUGAGAUCUACAUUGACGACGUAUUUUUCUGCCAGUAUAAUGGCGUUUUUCAUAGAGAAGCGCAACAUUUUAUGAAGAUUUCUGGAAAAGUGGAGAUUACACAUUGGACUGAAUUUGUGGAUAAAUCAAUGUUAAGUCCCGAGGUUACCUACUGGGGAUUUAAGCGCCACCCCAUAGCCGGUGAUAGACUACAAAUUGAUAUUCUAUUGGCUGCAAACUGGAAAAGUUUGGGAAAGUAA